GUCAGGUCAAUAGUCUAAUAGUCAGGUCAAUAGUCUAAUAGUCAGGUCAAUAGUGAGGUCAAUAGUCUAAUAGUCAGGUCAAUCGUCUAAUAGUCAGGUCAAUCGUCUAAUAGUCAGGUCAAUAGUCUAAUAGUCAGGUCAAUAGUCUAAUAGUCAGGUCAAUAGUCUAAUAGUCAGGUCAAUAGUCUAAUAGUCAGGUCAAUAGUCUUAAUAGUCAGGUCAAUAGUCUUAAUAGUCAGGUCAAUAGUCUAAUAGUCAGGUCAAUAGUCUUAAUAGUCAGGUCAAUAGUCAGGUUAAUAGUUAGUCAGGUCAAUAGUCAGGUUAAUAGUUAAGUCAGGUCAAUAGUUUAAUAGUCAGCUCAAUAGUCCAUAUUUGUAUCUAUAGUAUAAUAUUAUCCAUAUACUCAUGGUGGUGUUCCUGUUCUAGAUGAGGAGGAGGAGACUUUGCUGGUGGACUGGUUCACUCUGAUCCAUGAAAAACACCUGCUGGUGCGCCGCGAGGCUGAGCUGGUCUACACGGCCAAGCAGCAGAACCUGGAAGAGAGGCAGGCUGAUGUAGAGUAUGAGCUGAGAUGUCUUCUUAACAAGCCAGAGAAAGACUGGAAUGAGGAGGACAAGGGAAGGGAGCAGGAGCUGAUGACAGAGCUGGUCACCGUCAUUGAACAGCGGAACCAAAUCAUCAACAACAUGGAUCAGGACAGGCAGAGGGAAGAGGAAGAGGAUAAGCUGGUGGCGACCAUGUUGAAGAGAAAAGACUUCCAGAAGGAGCCAGCAGCAGAGGGCGAGCAGCAGCAACAGCAGCAACAGAAGAAGAAGAAGAAGUUUAAACCCAUGAAGGUUCUGAAGAGGUUGAGUGUGAACCAAGGAAAAGGUGGCAGCCCACGCAAGGAGAUGGCAGAGAAGGACAAGAGCUGAACAUGGUAUGGAAGGAGGGAGGUGGAUGAUGGAUGGAAGAAAAGGAAGAGGGAUACCAUCCUUUACAGGGGGACAUAUCAGAUGGAAAGAGCAAGGAAACGGCAGAUGAAAACAAAACACAGUGAGAAGGAAAAACAACCCAGGAUUCUCACAGCUAUGUGAAAGAUUUUAAUGUGUGCAACCUGCAAUUUGCUCCUCCUUCCUCUUACUGUAGUAUAUCCUUCUAAUCGCUCCUCCCUACCAGAGUAUGUGAGCAGAGUUAAGCGGUUGGAAAUCCGGCUCGUGCUGGCGAUCCACCCCUUUUUCAACUGCUCCGCUAAAAAACCCUUCUGCGCUCACAGGGGGAGAAAAUGGCUGCUCCAAAUUCACUCCAUUCAUUAAAAUCACAAUUUAACUAACACCCAUCUAUUUUUGUGACUACCUUGACUUACCAUUUGGUAUUCAAGUAAUUGAAUAAACAAAUACGUUGGAAUAUGCCAAGCCUAUUUCUUUUAGCAUGUGCAUAUGGUAAGUACACCAUCAUGCUUUCGGGAUGCGUGUCUUUUCAGAUUCCACGAUUUGAUUCUUUAGUUGUGGCCGCUACCCUCUCUUGCUCUUGGUCCUCAUCUUGUAAGUCACCAUGAUUUAGCACCUGUGUGUUUUAGCAGUUUCUUUAUGAAAAUAUUUAGUGAACUCAGUAGCUAAAGUAAGGGGCUAUAGCAGCACACAAGUAGACUACAGAUGCAUGCUGGGCCGGGCAUGCCCUGAGCUGGUGAAGUGAGCGCUAUUGGAGCGGGCGAGAAGGCCGACGCUCUAGCCUUUGCGAAUCUCGCUCCGAGGCUCCAGUCAAAUUGGGAUCGCUCCACUCCGCUCACAUACUCUGCUCCCUACCGUAGCUCCUCGCUCCACUCUGCUCACAUACUCUGCUCCCUACCGUAGCUCCUCGCUCCACUCCGCUCACAUACUCUGCUCCCUACCGUAGCUCCUCGCUCCACACCGCUCACAUACUCUGCUCCCUACCGUAGCUCCUCGCUCCACUCCGCUCACAUACUCUGCUCCCUACCGUAGCUCCUCGCUCCACUCCGCUCACAUACUCUGCUCCCUAACCGUAGCUCCUCGCUCCACUCCGCUCACAUACUCUGCUCCCUACCGUAGCUCCCAUGAUGCUCUUUCAAAUACAGCCACUCCAAUGCGUUCUGCACUGUGUAUAUAUUUGAAGUUGCCUUUGUGUGAAGAGAAAGGUAAGAGAACUCAACUGCUUUAAGACUAAAACCUUAAACAUCUGAAGACUGAAUUGAAGAGGAGGUAUAUUUUCUGUAGAUUUGCGGUUCAGCGCAAAAUGUUGUUUCUUCUGUCCCUUUUCAUUAUUACUUUGCACAUUGUGACCCAGGCCUUUUUUUAAAUCGGCUUUUAUCAAAGAUCUAAAUACUAUGACUGCAGGUUUCUUACCAUUCAUCAGUCUCUUAUCAUGGUAGAAACUAAGGAAGAACUCCCUCAUCUCCUGGUUAUUCAGUGGUCCUAAGGUUUCCCCUUUGUUCAUGGACACUGCCUAUGUCUCAUUGUCUGUAGAUUGGAUACAGAACGAAGAGUUGUGUGUGUCUGUCGGUUGUCUGGUUUGAGUCUGUGGUACUUCUGAACUAUUGUGAAUCUUUUUUUUAAAGAGGAACCCGUUGUUGUGAGUAAAUACUGCCAGUUAAGAUGGAGUAAUGACAACCCAAAUAAUUACUCUAGCUUUUAGCGAAAAGGUUAUUUCUUAACUAGCUACUUACCAUGUUUCCAAAUCACUGACUAUUGUACUGUAGAUAUUAUAUUGGACAGUAGAUAUUAUGUUGGAUAAUCACGGGUCUGAGAAUGAGACAUGAGACAGACAGGUAAGAAAUAGUUCAGAUGAAAUGUAAGUAAUGACUUAAAACAAGGAAUGUAAAGCAGUGUAUUUGACUAACAUAGUUGUAUCAUGACAGGUCACUGACUUAAUAGUAUUACAGAAUCUGACCAGAUUUACAACCGAAACAAGUGUGAACAGUUCUAGGGGCUACAUUAUACAAUAAGGAUAUAUGCAUGCAGUGAGUGUACAAAAUAUUAAGAACACCUUCCUAAUAUUGAGUUGCACCCCUUUUGCCCUCAGAACAGCCUAAAUUUGUCGGGGCAUGGACUCUACAAGGUGUCGAAAGCAUUCCACAGGGAUGCUGGCCCAUGUUGACUCAUGCUUCUCACAGUUGUGUUAAGUUGGCUGGAUGUCCUUUGGGCGGUGGACCAUUCUUGAUACACACGGGAAACUGUUGAGCGUGAAAAGCCCAGCAGCGUUGCUGUUAACACAAACCGCCACUUAAAUAUUUUCUUGCCUGUUCACUCUCUGAAUGGCACACAGACACAAUCCAUGUCUGUUGUUUCAAUGCUUAAAAAUCCUUCUUUAACCAGUCUCCUCCCCUUCAUUUACACUGAUUUGAAGUGGAUCUAACAAGUGUCAUCAAUAGGGGAUCAUAGCUUUCGCCUGGUCAGUCUAGAUCACGGAAAGAGCAUGUGUUCCUAAUGUUUUGUACACUCUGUGUAUAUAAAUUCCGUAGAUAUCUUUUUAACAAUGUAGCAAACUAUUAGUACCUACCAGUUUAUCAGUUUAACUGUUUGGGAAAGUCUGCAAAAUAUGCUAAUCUUUUUAAUUGAUAUAUUUUACAAUUCCUUUGUUUGUAAACACUGUCUAAUUCCAUUGAGUUUUGCCUUAACUUAGAAUCUGCCGUCAAAGUCGAUAGUACUAUGAGAUCCGUUUAUGUUAAGAGUGCCCUUAUUUAAAUGUAUUUGUCAAUAAGUCUCGUUUUUGUCCGGAGUUAAACUGAAUGUCUUGUUAUAUAUUGUCUAGUACACGAUCUUGUCUUCCAUUCAAAAUGGCUGCUUGUCUGUGUGUGUUUCUGCCUCUUCUUCCAAUUUAAAAACUCACACCAAGGGCUUCUGUAGAGCUAUGUUGAAACAUGGUCCUAAAGAAACAACAGGAUCACAUUGAAAUCUGGGAGACUGAGAAAUAAAACAUUAAUACCGCUAAA